AUGCGACUCUCACCGCAUCGCGUACACGUCCCCAAGCUUAUGGUACAAGUACGCCAGCUGCGGGUCCUUUCGGUUCCUAUUCUUGCGCAGUCCCACCGCCUUGCGGAAAAAGUCAAUGGCGCGUGUCAACUCCUGCCGUUUUACAAGCAGGGAACCGAGAAACGUGUACGCCUCCGCGAGCUGCAACCUGUCUGGUCCAAGCGCCUUGCGAAUCACAUCAAUGCCAGACUCGUAGGCUUUCUCCGCCGUGACGUUGUCGUCGCACAGCUCCUGAAUGCGACCCAGCUUCACCAGCUCGAGACCAAUAAGCGCUGA